UUGACGUCACCAACUCUGCCUCCUUUCCUUCCACAGCCUAGUGUGCCAGACUCCCGGACAACAGCCUGGCAAUGCCCAUCAUUAAUGAAACCCAUGGCAACUUCUCCUCCUUUAUCUUGAGGGGCUUGCCUGGCCUGGAAGCUGCCCAAUUCUGGCUGGCAUUCCCUCUGUGUGUGAUGUACAUUGUGGCCCUCUUGGGCAACUCCAUCGUGGUGCUGGUCAUCAAGGCUGAGGCAGCCCUCCAUACUCCCAUGUACUUCUUCCUCGGCAUGCUGGCAGGCGUGGACUUGGCCCUUGCCUCUUGCACGAUGCCCAGGCAACUUUCUCUCUUUUGGUUUGAUGCCAAGGAAAUUGACUAUAGGACCUGCCUUCUCCAGAUGUUCUUCGUCCACUCCCUCUCAGGCAUGGAGUCCACCAUCCUCUUGGCCAUGGCGGUGGAUCGCUAUGUGGCCAUCUGCCGCCCACUCCAGUACUCUACCAUCCUCACCAACUCUGUGACGGCAAAAGUGGGCAUGGUGGCAGUGGUGAGAGGGGUGGCCUUUUUCCUUCCUCUGCCCUUGCUCAUCAAUCACCUGUACUUCUGCUGCCCCUGUAAUCUCCAGCAUUCCUAUUGCCUCCACCAAGACAUGAUGAACCUAGCUUGUGACAAACACAUGCUGAACAUUGUGUAUGGUCUGAUCGCCAUCAGCCUGGUGAUGGGCCUUGACUUCCUGCUCAUCUUUGUGUCCUACCUGUUGAUCAUAAAGGCUGUUCUGCAGCUGAGCUCCUGGGAGCAACGCCUCCGAGCCUCUGGCACCUGUGUGGCCCACAUCUGCAUAGUCCUAGCUUUCUAUCUGCCCCUGAUUAGCCUCUCUGUGAUCCACCGGUACGGGAGAGACCUGCCUCCCCUGCUCCAGGCCAUUAUGAGCAACAUCUACGUCCUGGUGCCACCUGUGCUCAACCCCAUUGUCUAUGGGGCUAGGACUAGAGACAUCAGGAAACGUGCCUUAAAGUACUUGAGAUUCAACAGGAACAUCGAGCCUCACUGAAGCUGGUUGCAUGGGGAAAACAAAGCAGAUAGUUUUUUGUUAAUCACAGGAGGAAGUAGAAGGAGACAGAGAGCAUCAGAAGUCCAUUGGGCUCCAGGUCAACAGCUGUCUUCAACAGGACCCUGCGGUCUUCUUGUUGCAAUGACCAACAUCCUAGUGUAAUUUCUGACCUGCCUGUGUGGGUGCCAAGCUGAAACUCCCCUGCUUCCCAUGGGUGGCCCUGAUCCCUGGGCUAUGCAAACUGACCCCUGGAUGGACAUUACGACCCCUCCUUCUGUUCUAUAGCUCACCCAAGGGCUCCACAGCUUCUUCCAAGAUGCCUGUGUGUCCCUGCCUGCCAUUAACGGAGGGGGCUACAUCACCCCAGAAGAAUCUCUCCAGGGGACCAACUGAUCAUUUUCCGAUCUCUCUGCAAAAUUAGCUU